AUGGCGCCGCAAGACUCUUUCAUAGAGGAAGACGAAGAUGUCUGCCCUCUUUGCAUCGAAGAGUUCGAUUUAUCCGACCGGAACUUCCGCCCUUGUCCUUGCGGCUACCAGGUCUGCCAAUUUUGCUUCAAUAAUAUAAAAAAUAAUAUGAAUGGUCUAUGUCCGGCAUGUCGACGACCUUACGACGAGAAGACCAUCCAGUGGAAAGUCGUGACACAAGAGGAGGUUGCCGAGUUCCGUGCAAAUAUACAAAAAAAUCAACGCAAGCGAGCUCAGGAACAGCGCCAGAAGGAGGUUCAGAAACGCGAAGCUGAGAAAGAGAAUCGCAAAAAUCUCAUCGGAGUACGUGUUGUGCAGAAGAAUCUCGUUUACAUUACAGGUCUGGCACCUACCGUCCGUGAAGACGAACUCCUUAAGACGCUUCGGAAGCCCGAGUUUUUUGGGCAGUACGGCGUUAUUCAAAAGAUUUCGAUUAGUAAUCGAAAAAGUUCGGAUGGUCAACACCACUCGUUAGGCAUCUACGUUACUUUUGAAAAACCCGAUGAAGCAACAAGGUGUAUCCAAGCUGUCCAUGGGUCACAAAACGGCGACCGAAUACUAAAAGCUCAAUAUGGAACGACGAAAUACUGUUCGGCAUGGCUCAAGAACGAGAAAUGCAACAACCCUGGUUGCAUGUUCUUACAUGAACAGGGCGAUGAGGAGGACAGCUAUACUCGCCAAGAUUUGUCAUCCAUGAAUAGCAUUCACACACAGCGGCCGCUGCCUGGAGGAAACAACAGCUCUUUCCGGACAACCCCUCGGCAGCAAGCCUCACAGCCAACCCUUACGGCCAUUUCGCAGACCAUGGCGCGUUCUUCAAGCAAAGAUGGUUCGGAUUAUGGAUUGGAUGGCUCUGCUUUACCUUCUUCAGCCAAUUGGGCCCGAAACCCCCAGCGCAGCCGCCGAGGUAGCCAUGCAACAAGCGGCGCUCCAUCCAGCCCCGCUAUUUCAGCCUCAUUACCUACUACAACAGAAGUUGCUCAAGAAGCUGUGGAAGAUACCGAAUCUCCUCCUUCUACCCAACCUCCCGAAGAUGAUAAUAUCUCAAAUCAAGAUCCUGCCGAAGAACCCCAGCUGCCCCCGUCACAGGGCUCACUGGCGACAAUUCUACGGGCGUUACAAAGUUGUACAUUUACGAGCCUCGUUACUCCGCAAUUCAACGAAUUGGAACCUCCACUAUUCGAUAUUCGGGGAGGAAAGAAGCGGAAAGCCAUGCGUGAGGAUGACGAUGCACGGAUCGGUGGUGACCAGAAGAACGCAACUGAAGGUCAAAUUCAACCGGAAAGCGAGGCAGAGACAGGCGGGAGCCUUGCUCUUGGUGGUGAACCUGAAGAACGCGAUGUGAUCGGUGAUGGGCAGGGGUUUGAGCACCGGCAUAUCAACUCAUUUCCUCCCAUUCAAAGAAGCAAUGCCGAUACUCUCUUUGGUCCUGCUCUUAGUGGUUCAAACUUCAAUCCAGGUACAAGUCAGAUGGGUCGAGGAGUCGCCCCUCCGCAGUUAAUGUCUUUGCGACCUCAAUCAGGGUUCAGCGAUCAGGUCCCUUCGGGCCUAUCUAGCCAGGCUACGUUCCAAAAUCAAGGUCAUAAUCGUCAAUCAUCCCGAUUCGGCUUUAUGGCUGACAGCCCACCAGCAGCAACGAAUCUCAAAUUUGCCACGAAUCAAAGAAUCAUGGGCCAACAAUCAUCCAUGGUAUCUAACUCGUUGCAAUCCUCAGGUAGCAGCCACUUUUUUGGCAGCUCUAUGCCAGCGCCGCCGCCAGGCCUCAAGUCCACAAACACACCUCCAAACCUUUUUGGUCAAGGAUUUGGCGGCUCGGCAUUUGGUCCUGCAACGAAAGACACACCUGGCGACUUAUUACAGAGUUUAAUUAGUCGGAGCCGAGGCGGUGGUAACCAGCCUCAUGAUGGUGGAAAGCCUCCUACUUCUGGCCUUUUGGCAUCGCUCUACGGUAACCACCCCGGAGCAUUCCAAGACUUUGGCUCGAAGCAGAAGAAGAAGGGGAAGAAGCAUAGACAUGCUAACACUUCCUCCUCGGGGGGGAGUGGUCUAGUGGAUCUUGCGGACCCGAGUAUACUGCAGGCGAGGAUGCAGCACCAAUCGCAAAGCAACACCGGAGUCAAUCAGGGAGUUUUCAGCGGCCAGAGCCAAGACCAUGAUCUUAAUUUACUGGACGAGGCAGAGUUAUCAGUGGAUGCAUUGGUCUCAGAUGAGUCCUUACCGGCCCUGGUAUCAUCUCCAUUAGCCACCAACGCGGAGUCCCGUCGUCUGGCUUCUUACUUGGAUAACCCGGAUACCCUCAAUCACUCGACUUCUAAAGGCGUACUGAUGCAGGGACAGUCACAGCGUUCCAAUUUGAUUCCAAGCUCGCCUCACAUCUCAACCUUUGGCUCUAUUUAUGACCCAAUCUCGUCUAUUCAGGCACCUUCAAAGUUGGAUGGUACCGACAACCAUGAGGUCGACAUCCACACCAAACCUCAUGCAGCAAAGGACUCUUCUCCUAUUGCGAUGCUCGGACCUUGGCCUACUUCUGCUAGAGGAUCUAUACUUCAAGAAGAGGAUUUCCCUGCUUUAGGCGCGCCGAGGACAAUUGAAACUACAAGCACCAACACUGGUUUGGUUACUCCUAAAACCAUAAUAUCGAAAACUAUAUCGGCAAUGAAGAGGCAAAAUGAUAAAAUUUCCGAAACUGUGCAUGAAGAUCAUGGGGAUAUCAUUAACGCGGAUGAAUCUCAGCCUACACGAGGCGGCGACGCCAAAUCUCUGGGCCCCAUGGUUCCUGGUUUUGGAGCUACUUUCAUCUCUCAACCCAAAGAAGAGGCUGCCAAAGUAGAUGAAUUGGCAGAGGCUUCCAGAUUUCCCCCCUUGCCUACUCCUGCAAUCAGCAGUGGAGUGGCCACGCCCUCGCGAAGUAUACCCAAAACUUUAAGAGUGGUUCCUUCAUCAAUCAAGACGGAGACUCGCCCAGCUUCACCGUCUCCUCUUCCGAUUUCCAACGUACCUGCAGUGGGAAAGCCGGGACAUUCACACCGACCUGGCACACCAGCCAGCGAAAUGAUUAGCGAUACCGCCUCUGUUACCUCGUUCUCGGUUUCCAUUUCUCGAGCUGGAUCCCCUCCCCUAAGCAAGGUUGGCACCGCUCCAAUCAGAGGUACCACGAAGAGUCAGCAACGCAAACAGCGCAAAGAUGUGUUGAAGCAAGAAACAAAGACCCUAGCUGAAACACCCAAGACGGAAGAAGCUGAACAUGCUCCUGUCAUUGGACGCAAGAAAAAACAGAAGAAGGAAAAGCCCGCUAAAGAGGUUAAUGCCAUGUCUUCUGCGACCACUUCCACAGAAGCGCUGAAGGACGAAGCGAUACCCCUGUCUAAAGACGAUGGAAAGCCAUUAGUUGAUAGCAACAAUGAAAGAUUGAAAACAGACAGCAGGGGGUAUACAAACAAAGACAAGCAAGAUACUAGGAACUCAGCGAAAGAGGUAAACGAGGCAAUCGUGUCGUCACCGACACCUUCAUUGUCCAAAGCAGCUGAACCUGCAGACAAAACUGUUGAAAGACCACAGUCGAGCCCUGCGUCCGUUUUUGCCGAUAUUAGAGAGUCGCUCUGCACAUCUGCUCCAGAUAAACUGCAGCUGUUAAAGCCUGUUUCGAGCAAUUCAUCCAGGCCAGAGCACAACUCAUUAAACCAGCUAAGCAAAAGGGGAGACUGCAAGGAGAGCUCUUGCAGAUGUGGUGAGAUGCAAGAUGCUGAUCUUGCAGCACUGCGAGCCGGAAGGCCUGUCCGUAAACAAUUCCAUACUGAUGGCAGCCGCAUGCUGAUCACCCCUCACGGAGACUGCAUCCGCGGGUUGACACCAGAAGAAGAGGAUACCUUUUUGGCCCUCCAAACUGCAAUUGCUGCAACGGCAGAGAAUCCUGCUGCGUUCGUAGCACCAAGACAUCAGCCAAGCAGCGGAGCUUUCUCACUUAUUAAGGGCCGAGCGGUUCCCAACGGGCGACCAAACAUUUUCCCCUCUACCGUGCAGCCACAAUCUCAGGAUCCCAUUGGCAAGCUUCAACGAGAGGAUGCUUUAAGUUACAUCAAUCAGUAUGUACUACCUCGGCUCAGUCUUGGGGCUACCAGCAUGGGAUUCCCAAAGGGGGCAUCUUCUACUCGGGACUCGGCGAGCCUCAAUUCUCUCGCGCCGUAUUUUUACGGCCCGGAUGCUGCCGCCGGAGUGGGCAUCUACAGUACACCAGAAAGCGCUCGAGCGAUACAGGAUUUUGCUGCCCCGGGCAUGUCACUUGACGAGAUUGGUAAAGGCGCGGCGGCCAGUUCAAUCGGCAAUAUGCCCCUGAUGAGCGUUGAGGAUGCCGAGGCAGCGUUAACAGCGGCAAAGAGAGAGACGGAGAAGCUUGAAAAGGGCCUGAACCUUGUCAUUAAGCGGAACCGUAGGCUCUUGCUUGGCGCUUGA